AUGGGAGCCAGACUGUCUCAAGCCAAAAAAAAUCGAGCAUCCGCCAACUCCGCUCGUUCUGUUGAGAGCGAGGUCCUCACAGACUCGCAUGCAAGAAACUUGUUGCAAAACCAGCCGAAGCUCACUGAAAAAUCCAAGGUCAAGAAGCUUUCGAAGCAAGCUGUGAAGAAGCAGCAAGCUAAGAUGAGACUAUAUGGUGCCAAGAACGGAAAAGAGUAUCGUGAGGACCAGUUGAGUAUUCCAACCUUGAAUAGAGCUAUCGUGCCAGGUGUGAAGGUGAAGUCAGGUAAGAAAGGCAAGAAGUUUGUAGAUGACCACGACAGUUUGAAACUUAAUCUCCUUAUAAAGUCUAUCAAUGACAAGCACGACUUGGUGAAUGAGUCCAAGCUAGAAAAAUCAAGAAGAUUAGAAGAGGUUCGUGAGUUAAAGCGUAAGGAAAUCGAGCGCAGAGAGCAAAGCAAGAUCGACAAGUUAGAGGAUAAGAAGAAUGAGAUCAAGAGCAAGGCCAAUGUUGCCAGGGCUGCUAGAAGGAAGAACGCUAGGGACGCUAAAAGAUCUGACGCAGAGGUACUGGUUGCAAGCGAGUCUAAGUCUAAGAAGAAGUCCGUUUCAUUUGCAUAG